GCCGACCGACACCCAGACAGUUUCACUUGAACCGAGCAGCGCAACGGACGCGUACGGAGCUUCGGCACGGCAUAAACGACACCUGCACUCGGCCGACGGUGUGACGUGUUGCUCUCGCGAAGCGUUACGCGACGAGCGUUACGGACCGUGAUCGAGCGCGCGCGUAAACAGUGGAAAGGUGAUUACUUUUUCUCGGCCAUGGCUCGUUAACAUGGCUUCAAAUUUUUGAUCGAGCAUGUGAGUGUGUGUGAGUGUGUAAAGCUCGUCUGCCAGAUCGUGGCAGUAAACAGUGGCGUUGUGCGGUGAAAAAAAUGUUGUAACCCACCUUUGAAGCAAACGUGUUUAUCGGCCGGGACGACAUCGAUCGACCGGCGGUAUAACAAAAGGGAAGUGAUAGUUGGGCCUUGUGUUUGUACGGUGUGGCGCGUGAGUGAAUGACAGUGCGGGUGAACAUCAAUAUCGUCGAUGUUUGCGAUCCGAAACGCAAUCCAAUCCCAUGGCCGCGUUGUGUUACCGCGUACCCGUGAUAGGUUGUCUAUCUUAAGAAAUCAAACCCACUGUCGCACGGUGCAAGCGUGACGUACUGGCUGGAGCCUGAAGCCGCGUAACGCUACCUGCACAAUGCUGCCUGCUCUUAAGCAUCUCGUUAUUGUGUAACCGAAACCUCAAAACAAAACAGACGUCAAUUAGAGACGAUUAGCAGCUGCAGCACCAGCACCAGCAGCUGCUGCAGUUGGUCCGAUCUGGACCGAUCACACUAAUGUAAUUGCAUUGUCAUUAAAUCGAGCGUACGGUCUUGUUUGCUGGUGCAAAAUGGCGUAUUUGUUUAAGCGCUGCAACUCGAUACUGCACUCGAUACGAGCAUCGCAAUCAGCUGAUGAAAACGGUGAUGGACGGGCCCGUUUUCCGCCAAGCAAACACACUUUCGUUCCAACCUUCCGAUGGUGGAUGAUACUCGACGGUCAUCUGGAAAUGCUAAGAUACACAUCAUGAGACACUUCGGCUUGAAGGCACAAGAGCCGUCUAGCAAACGCACCAAACGUUUUGGCUGAAGGUGUGCUGUGGUAAAUAAUUACCAGACUUUAGCGUCUGGAGCUGUGGUUUGUUUUCCUAUUUCCUGACGUGUACCCCGGGCUCCGGAACAUCAUCUCGGCCCCCAGAACGCGCCUAGCAGCUGUAUUUUUUCUGCUGUGUCAGUGUUUGGUUUUGCUGGUAGCUACAGUGCAGCUGAACUUCUUUCCUGUGUCCCAACGCCUACAGUACGCCGUUACGGAUACGUAUUUCAAUCGAUUUUAAUAGCUUCAGCCUAGAGUACACUUAUUUAUAUCAACAACAACGACGACAGCAGUAAAAAAAAGAAGUCCAUAUCUUUACAGAAGCAUUCUGUUACACGUUGAUAACGCUCGUCGGACGAUCACAAUUCUUAUCGCCUAUCAAUUUUUGCAUUCCCUCUGCUUGAGUGCGACUUCAAAACCCUUUUUCAGUACGUGUGUCUGUGUUUUCCUUCGCUUUGUUUGAUUAAUAAUUUCCCACUACAGCACACUACACCCGUGUCCGGAUCGAGAGUUAUUUUGUCUGAAGGGUAUUUGAAUGCUAAAAAUAAUCCCACUUUAGAUAGGCCUCCCCGAAAAUAGAUUACAAUUGCAAUAAGCAGGAAGAAACUGUAGCGUACGGUUCAGCAAACACACGCACACGCUGAGACGUUCGGUGUGAUGGAAUGCAAUCAUAAGCCACCCCUCCUCGUUGAUAUCGGGGUGAGAAUGAAGAAGACCAAGUUUUUCUCUAUGCUAUUUUACCUUCAAGAGGCGUCUCAGUGUCACCAUCGAUAACGGUCGUUUUAAAUAGCUGAAGGUACACAGCAGCAAAUAUUAAACACAUAAAGUGAAUUGAUUUGCAACGAACCGUUGCUUCUAAACUCUGAUGCCGCUUCUUACGUCGUAUAUGUGAUAGCAUCGGUGAACACACGGCACACCACUUGGGAAAGUCUCUAGGCCUGAUGGAUGAUGGUGGUUGGGAAAGCUGCCACCACCCAAUCUUCUUCUGCUUCUACGUUUCCGUUUGCAAUCGGCCGCGUGGUUCGGUUCGAGGUCAGCCCGACCCCGGCGGUUCAAGUUUGAUGCAAUUUAUUAUGAUGAGUUUUAUUACUGACACACUACUGUUGAAAUAAUUAUAAAACAAUCAAUCCACCGAUUGCUGCAUCGGUGGUCUCUCGGGUGUGUGUGUGUGUGGUAGGAACGAAACCGGGAUAACACAAAAGCAGACUGGCGUAAGAUGAAUGCUGUGACGGUAACGCGUAAACAAAAAUACUGAGUGAAGAGAGCGGAAAAAGUCGAAGACAAAAAAUAAUACCAUUCUUGCGAGUGCUCGCUGGGUGUGUGUGUUUGUUCUGUCGGAAGCACUCGCGGCCACGAUCACUACGCUAGUCACGGAUUUUUCUGCAGAGUGGGCCACCGGGAACGUGGGAUUUUCCCUUCGUUUUCCUCUUCAUUUGACCCUGCUGCAACAUCCCCUAGCGUACGGUUCGCUGGUUCGGUGGUUCACGAAAUACGCAUACGUACGGUUCGGAUUUUGGAGUUGGACCGCACGCUGGAUUGUCUUAGGCAAGCUACCUCUAAUGCCGUACCGUUAGUGGGUUUUUGUGGUUAAAUCGUGCCGUGGCCAGCGUUGGGUGGGUGAACAAUAUUUUACCAUUAAUUUGUGCGUGUCUGCUGCUUAGUGGCCGGCGCUAGCGUACCGUGUCUGUGCCGCGGACAGAAUCUUCCGCGGCGGUGGGUAAUUACUUAGGCGUGUGGCUGUGCGGAAAAUGUCUGCAGGAGUUUGUUUUUUUUUUUCGGAGAAAAUAUAAUUUACAAAAGUGUGCUUCGUCGCGGUGGAUGCGUUUAGUGCGAGAGGGUGGGAGAUGAGUGAGGUUUUAUGAAUGAUAACAGUGUUUUAAGUGUAUCAACGAUUCAUUAUAUCAACGUCAGCGCACCGCUAUUGCUAAAUGUAUAAAACCGUUACCUCCAUCAACAGGCACUUGCUCAUCAAAGUCCAUCGCUGGGAAAGGAUCAACCGGCCAGAAGGCAAUCGAAUGUGGUUCAAAAACAACAAAAGUCGGGAAACGUGAUCCUUCUUUUUCUCUUACUUGUGCCUCGUCUUUAGUCGCGGUUUUAGUGAAACCGGUACGAACGAACGCGUGAAGAAAGAUUCCGGCCCAGACCAUACCGAUCCGUCGACAGUGUAAUCUAUCUUCGAGUAUUUAAUUAGCCGGAAACGAUUCGUCCCAAGUCCGAUCAAUGGCCGGCUGUCCGUGAAGAUGGACGAAUCCAGCCGUUCGGUUGGUGGUGAUGGUAGCCGUUUUUUUCUGGCUAUCACAUUCUUUCUUUCACGGGUAGCCUUUUGAGAAUCGUUCACCUGGUUGAGUGAUUGCCGGGAACCGUGAAAAAUGCAGCACACACAGAGAUAGGAACGGAAUUCGCAAUCGUGCAAAAAAGGGAAAAGUUUUCCCCCCUUUGCUCUGACAGACUGAUUGAUACGCCAUAUCAUUCAUAGGCGUAUGGUUUUUGGCUAAUUCCUCGCCUUUUGAUGCCAUUCUUUUGGGGUUGCGGUUUAGCAGAAAGUCAUUCAGCCUUUCCUUUUUCCCAGACCAGAGAAAAUUUCAAGCUGGGAAAAUUUGGAGAAAGAUAAACAUCUCAAAGGAACAUAAGUGAGCAAUCCUUUCCUUUUAACAGUGCAUAACGCAACCAUCUCCAGUAAAUAAGCUUAUGCUGAUUGUGCUUUUCGGAGGCAGCCAAAGACAAGAAAAAAGUGAAACAAACAAAAACAAACAAACCGGGAAAAAAGGCUAUACGCGUACGCAAAUAGCCCCAGUGCCGAGUGACGCCCAUAUGUGUGUUGAUUUUAUUGGCGGAAUGCUGUCCCGCUUGGGAUUAUACGAAUCGCCGGCCGACAGAUUGCUGAACUGGUGAACGAAAAUGGUGACGAAAAAUCGUUCUGCGUCGUCGGCGAAACCGAAUGGGGAAAGGUAACCCAAUCCUCAGUUACAAGUGGAAUGCGAAGCGUAGCCGGCGUGCGCGCGUGAGUAAAGAAAUAAAAUAAAUCCCAAAAACCCCCGUGACGUCUUGGCGCCACCGCAGAAUAAGUAGUAGUGUGCGCGGGCUAACCACAAAACCGCAUUAGGUGAAAAUGUGCACCAGGACAUCGCGCUGCUACUGGUUCGGUGGUCCCGGAUGGAAAAAGGUGCUCUGCUAUCGGUGUGUCUGCACGCUGUUCGUGCUGUUUGUGCUCGGCGUUGUUGUGCUGUUGCCUACCCCCGUUGAGUGUGGCUGUCGACGGUUGGCACAGAAGCCGUGUGAAGCGAUCUGUGUCCGCACCAGUGCGGCACUCAAUCGUCGGCUGCCGGGAAACGUACCGGGAUACGGUGCGGCGGAUAACGUGUCCUUCCCGGUCGCAUCGUCCAUCGAUGGGUGGACGUGUGAGCUGCGGAUCGUGGUGAUCAUGCCGGCAAACACGAGCGUCGAGGCGUCGUUGCCCCGGGUGCAGCCGGCGCUGGAAAAGGCGGAAGGAUUUAUCCGCCGCGAAGGCAUCAUCCCGGCUGACGUUGCUAUCCGGUGGAUACCGUUCGAUGAUCGGUGCGAGCAGGCUCGAGCGACGGUGAUGGCGAUGGAUGGUACCGGGAGUGAUUCCUGCGGGCAUCUUAUCCUUGGGCCAAGCUGUGAUUUUGCUUUAGCGCCUGUUGCUAGAAUCGCACGAUAUAUCUACAACGAUGGAAUACCUGUGAUAACCGGUGCCGGAUACACGUUCGAUUUUGAGGAACCAAAGACGCACUGUGAAAACGAGUUCCACAUGCUUAUCCGGACGGGGCUGGUCAGCUUCAAACGGAUGGCAUUCUUCAUGAUUGAACUUAUACGGCACUUCAAGUGGAACCGUGUGGUGUAUUUCUACGAACGACAGAGUUACUACAAUGUGGCAGGACCACAAACCGGCCAUCUGCUGAUGAACACGAUGGCGGAGUUUUUCCGCCACGAAAACAUCACCUACUCACCCUUCUCAACCGAUUCGGCACGCACAAACCUGACCGAGAGCCUGAAGGAAAAGGUUGGCCUCAGCUAUGCAAGUAAGUUCUUCCUGCGCGUCGCUCGGAAAGAAAGGGUCCUCCUUUACGAUCGUAGUAGCAGCAGCAGCAGCUCGAUUGUUAAUGACAAGCGCCGAUAGCAGAGCAGAACAGUGACGACGGCGUGG